GCUCUUACCUUCGGAAUCGGUGUCAAGCGCGCAGCAAUGACCCUGUCAGGAAGCGGCAGCGCCAGCGACAUGUCCGGUCAGACGGUGCUCACUGCAGAGGACGUGGACAUAGACGUGGUCGGUGAAGGCGACGAGGGACUGGAGAGGGACAGCGAGUGCGGAAGCCCAGGCAUGUUGCACGAGCCUGGCGACGAUGGAGAUGACCUGGAAGUGCACGAGCGCGCUACCGGCAGCCCGUGUGAGAGUGGAGGCGAGAGCGAGCACAAAACAGGAGAGGAGGGCCAGGAGAGCGCCACUGCCCCGGCGUCCAACAAGCCCAAGAGCAGCCUGGUGAAGCCGCCGUAUUCCUACAUCGCUCUUAUCACAAUGGCCAUCCUGCAGAGCCCACAGAAGAAGCUCACGCUUAGCGGCAUCUGCGAGUUCAUCAGCAACCGCUUCCCAUACUACAGGGAGAAGUUCCCUGCGUGGCAGAACUCCAUCCGCCACAACCUGUCGCUCAACGACUGCUUCGUCAAGAUCCCGCGUGAACCGGGCAACCCAGGCAAGGGCAACUACUGGACUCUGGACCCGCAGUCUGAAGACAUGUUCGACAACGGCAGCUUCUUGCGAAGGAGGAAGCGCUUCAAAAGGCAGCCAGACAUUCUCAGGGACCAGACCGCUCUCGUCAUGCAAAGUUUCGGUGCGUACGGACUCGGGAGUCCUUACGGGCGCCACUACGGCCUCCACCCGGCCGCGUAUUCUCACCCAGCCGCGCUGCAGUACCCGUACAUCCCUCCCGUGGGUCCAGUGCUGCCUCCGGCCGUCCCGCUCUUACCGUCGGCCGAGGUAAACCGGAAGGCGUUCAGCUCGCAGCUCAGCCCGAGCCUCCAGUUGCAGCUCAACGGUCUGAGCGUCGCCGCCGCUGCCAGCACGGCGUCCAUGAUCAAGUCGGAGCCUUCGAGUCGGCCCUCGUUCAGCAUAGAGAACAUCAUCGGCGUGUCCAGCAGCAGCGGCACCGGAAGCGCACAGACUUUGUUGCGGCCGCCGGUCACGGUGCAGUCGGCGCUGCUGAGCGCGCACUCUCUCUCAUCGUUAACACGGAGCUCAGCCAUCCUCAGCGUGCCACCGACAAACCUCCUCACGGGACAGUUCUUACCGGCGGCGUCCGCGGUAUCCAAAUGGCCUUCUCAGUGAUAAACUCAUUUUAUAAUAUUUAAGGGAAGGGAUGGGAGAGACUGUACAGCACGAACUAGGCAGCACUGGACGAUUCGUCCUCCUCAAUGUAGCCAUGUAAAGAAAAAAUUAAAAAAGAAAAUAUACAAAACGGAGGAAUGCUUUCAGCACAGGUAAUAUUUGUAAAUAUUUGUAUGAAAAAAAAUGUACUUGUUCGACUUCCUGAUUUUUUUUCUUCUUCUUUUAUUUGCUGUUCGAACUUUGACAUUUUGUAGUUGGACAUGUUUUAUUUUUAUUUCCAUCAUAUAUGUGUUUUUCUUAUUUGGGAUCACAAGAAACGUGAUUCGCUUUUGAGGGUAAUUCAUGUUUAUAUUUGAUUUAUUUUUAUUAUGAAACACAAAAUGUUCUUGUUCGAAGGCUGGACAGUCUGUUUAUACAAACAAAUUAAAUAUAUGUAUUCUAUGUAGCUAUAUUGUGUUGUAAAUUGGAUACAUUUGUUAAUAAAUAUUAAAAUAAAACAUCUAUAUUCUUAAUUGCUUAAUAAUUCAAACCUCAGUUAGAUUAACACUGAAAAUGAAAUCAGUUCACUUCAUCAAACGUUGUCGUUACUCUUUAAUAUAUUGUAGUUCAUUUGAAUGACCUUUUAAUAUAAUCGAUAUAAUUGAUUCAAAUUAAUUUAUAAAUAUGACAGAACACAUCACAAAACGAAACAUAAAUUUACAUGGUUUAAUCAGUGUUUAAUCAAAAUUUAUUUUAUUGCUGAGAAAAGACAACGAUAGGGGAUGUAUAGUUAUUAUUGUAUUCUUAUAUAUAAUUAUUGUUUAUGCUAGGUCAAAUAAAUUUUUUACAUUAAUUUUUUUUUUUUUAAUUUUAAUGCUUGGGAAUUAGUGACAACAUAAACGUAAGAUAGUAAUUGUGGUAUUGCAAUAUUUUGAUAUUACAAUAUAUUAUUUCUAAGUAUAUAAAAUUAGGUAGUGCUUGAGAAAUUAUAUUAACCUUUUUAAAUAUAUAUAUAUAUAUAUUUUCUACAAACUAAGUGCGACUAGGUGUGCAUUUUUUAAGCCGCUUUUUGCUUUAAGGCACAUUGUAGUAUAGGUAUAGACUUAAUCCUACUAUCACCAACCGUUCCAUGUAAUAGAAAUGAUGACACAUUUAUAACAGAACUAUGUGUUUUCUGUUUUAUAUCUGCUUGUAAAUAAUAGGCUCGCUGCCAUGGCACUAUUAUGUUUUAGUAUACUCCAAUGCUUAAAUACAAUCUAAUAGUUUAAUGUGUAGUACUCUACAAUAUAAGUGAAUUAUCUGGUGUAAUGAAAUGUCUCAGCAGUUGAACAGAGGCACUUUAAGGAUUUACAGCGGCGAUGUGAAAUGUGCAAGUUGCUUUUCUAAAAGCGGCUCUCCGUUUCACAGUUGUGUCUGUGGCUAAUCAGCGCUACACAAACAGCAAAUGGCGCACGGUGUACAGGGGUUAAGGGGCUAUAUUUAACUGAUACCCAUGGGAAAAGAGAAAGGACCUGCGUCUUAAAUUCACUUUCGAGAAAAAGUAGCUGCCGAGAGUGACACCGGAUAACACUAAGCUCAUUCCUCCACUGUCUCCUUAUUCUGGAAAAUAAGACAAAUAAGUUUGAGGCAAAUUCCUGCCAUGCCUGGCCCUUAGUCCCAGUGAUUUAUAAUAAAACACG